AUGUGUGGCAGGUUCCUGAGGCGGCUGGUGGCUGAGGAGAGCUGGCACUCCACCCCUGUGGGGCGCCUCCUUCUUCCUGUGCUCCUGGGAUUCCGCCUCGUGCUGCUGGCUGCCAGUGGGACAGGAGUCUAUGGUGAUGAGCAGAGCGAAUUUGUGUGUCACACCCAGGAGCCAGGUUGCAAGGCUGCCUGCUAUGAUGCCUUCCACCCCCUCUCCCCACUGCGCUUCUGGGCCUUCCAGGUCAUCUUGGUGGCAGUGCCCAGUGUCCUCUACAUGGGUUUCACCAUGUAUCAUGGUAUCUGGCAUUGGGAAGACUCAAGAAAAGUAAAGAAGGAGGAGGAGACCCUGAUCCAACAAACACAGGGCAGCACAGAUGCCUCAGGGGCGGAAAGCCCCAGGCUGCUCUGGGCCUAUGUGACACAGCUGGGGGUACGACUGGUCCUUGAAGGGGCAGCCUUGGGAGGGCAGUACCACCUAUAUGGGUUCAAGAUGCCCAGCUCCUUUGCAUGUCGUCGAGAGCCUUGCCUUGGUAGUAUAACCUGUCAUCUGUCCCGCCCCUCUGAGAAGACCAUCUUCCUAAAGACUAUGUUUGGAGUCAGUGGGCUCUGUCUCUUCUUUACUCUUUUGGAACUUGUGCUCCUGGGCCUGGGGAGAUGGUGGCAGAUGUGGAAGCAAAAAUCUUCCUCUUCUAACUACUUCACAACUUCAGAGAGCACCAGAAAACACAAGGAACCAAUUGAUAAUUUUCCAGUGGUGGAAUCAAAAGAUCAGUUCCAAGUAGCAGAAUUAUAAAGACACCUGGCUCAACUCUGAAGAAAACCUGUGACUGGAUCUUUC